UCUAGAAGCGUCCAGAACGCGGAAGCGGCGUGUGUAGCCGGCGAGUAGUGUGAGGCUUCGGCUUCUGGAAUGUUCUUCCACAGGAUCUAUAUAUGAAGCAGCGCCUCCUCCUCCCCCGCAGCACAGCACGCAGCUCCCUGUACAGCAGCCGCAGCCUUCUCCACACACAGCGUCCUAAAGCUCCUCAUAUAGCACCAUGUCUGUGGUCGGCUUCGACCUCGGCCUCCAGAAUUGUCAUAUCGCCAUCGCCCGAGCUGGUGGCAUCGAGACGGUAGCCAAUGAGUUCAGCGACAGAUGCACCCCGUCCGUGGUCUCCUUUGGAACAAAGAACAGAACAAUUGGUGUUGCAGCUAAGAAUCAGCUAGUUACCAAUCCAACCAACACAGUAUCCAGCUUUAAGAAGCUCCAUGGUCGGGCAUUUAAUGAUCCUUAUGUCCAGAAGGAGAAAAAUAAUUUGUCUUAUGAACUGGUCCAGACACGCAACGGAGGUGUUGGAUUACGGGUGAUGUACAUGGAUGAGCCACACACAUUCAGUGUAGAACAGAUAACAGCAAUGCUUUUGACAAAACUCAAGGAGACUGCUGAAAGCAACUUGAAGAAGCCAGUGACUGACUGCGUCAUAUCUGUUCCCUCAUUCUUCACCGAUGCUGAGAGAAGGUCUGUCUUGGAUUCAGCACAGAUAGUUGGCUUGAACUGUCUUAAACUGAUGAAUGAUAUGACCGCAGUCUCCUUGAACUAUGGUAUUUAUAAGCAAGAUCUCCCAGCUUUGGAGGAGAAACCCAAGAUUGUGGUUUUUGCUGAUAUGGGACAUUCAUCUUUCCAGAUCUCUGCAUGUGCCUUCAACAAGGGAAAGUUAAAGGUUUUGGGCACUGCCUUUGACCCGUAUCUGGGAGGAAGGAACUUUGAUGAAAAAUUGGUUGAACACUUCUGCGCUGAGUUCAAAGCCAAAUAUAAGUUGGAGGUGAAGUCUAAAAUUCGAGCACUUCUGCGGCUCUAUCAGGAAUGUGAGAAGCUGAAGAAGCUUAUGAGCAGCAACAGCACUGAACUGCCACUGAAUAUUGAAUGUUUCAUGAAUGAUAUUGACGUGUCAGGACGCAUGAGCAGGUCAGAGUUUGAAGCAUUAUGUGCAGACCUCUUACAAAGAAUCGAUGCCCCCCUGCACUCUUUAAUGGAACAGAUCCAACUGCGGGUAGAAGAGAUCAGUGCAGUAGAAGUCAUUGGUGGUGCGACACGUAUUCCAGCCGUAAAGGAACGCAUUGCUAAGUUUUUUGGAAAGGAUGUUAGCACCACUUUAAAUGCAGAUGAAGCUGUCGCAAGAGGCUGUGCACUUCAGUGCGCUAUCCUCUCACCAGCCUUCAAAGUUAGAGAAUUUUCAGUCACAGAUGUAGUACCCUAUCCCAUUUCUCUGAAGUGGAGUACGGAAGCAGAUGAAGCAGAAGGUUUCCAUGAAGUCUUCAACAAGAACCAUGCAGCUCCGUUUUCUAAAGUCCUCACUUUCUAUAGGAAGAAUCCUUUCCAGCUUGAGGCGUUUUAUUCUGAUCCUUCCAGGGUCCCUUAUCCUGAAGGUAAAAUAGGUCAGUUUCUUGUUCAGAAUAUUUCACCAUCUAAAGACGGAGAAAAAGCUAAAGUGAAGGUGAAGGUUCGUGUGAACACUCACGGUAUCUUUAGCGUUUCUACGGCUUCUGUGAUAGAGAAAAUGGAAGUGGAUGAAGCUGAGGAGCAAACUGCGGAAAGUGGAGUGGAAGCCAAGAACCAAGGAUCUAUGGAAGAGGAUAAAUCUGUCCAGCAAGAUCAACCAGAUGCUGGACCACCGCCCCAGGUACAAACCGAUGAGCAUCCUCCUCCUGAGUCCACCAGUGAGGAACACAAAAUGGCUGACACUGAAAAAGUGGAAAAGAAAAGUGAUAAGCCUCCUGAGGCCAAGAAGCCAAAGAUCAAAGUAAAGAACACUGAAGUGCCUAUAGAAGCAAACUUUGUGUGGCAGCUAGGGAAAGACCUACUCAAUAUGUACAUUGAGAAUGAGGGAAAGAUGAUUCUUCAGGACAAGCUAGAAAAAGAGAGGAAUGAUGCAAAGAAUGCUGUAGAGGAAUAUGUCUAUGAAUACAGAGACAAGCUUUCUGGGCCAUAUGGCAAAUUCAUCAGUGAAGAGGAUAUGAGUCGGUUUUUGGAGCUUUUGACAGAAACUGAGGACUGGUUGUAUGAAGAUGGGGAAGAUCAGUCCAAACUGGUGUAUGUUGAGAAGCUGGCUGAGCUUAAGAAACAUGGUAACCCAGUCAAUGAACGGUAUAGAGAAGCAGAAGAUCGGCCAAAACUCUUUGAAGAUCUUGGCCAAAGGUUACAGCACUACGCAAAGAUUGUAAAUGAAUACAAGAAUCAGAGUGAGGCAUAUCAGCAUAUCAGUGCUACUGACAUGGAGAAAGUAGAGAAAUGUACCAAGGAAACCAUGGAAUGGAUGAACAAUGCCAUGAAUCUUCAAGCUAAGCAGCGAUUAGAUCAGAACCCAGCUAUAUAUGCCCACGAGAUUAAAGCGCAGCUGUCUGCAUUGGACAGCAGCUGCCACCGCAUAGUAACACAACCAAAACCCAAGAUUCAAUCACCAGAACCUGAAAAUCCAGUAAAUGGUAUGAAACACAAUGGAGACCUCAAAGAUGAGAAAAACUCUGUACCUACUUCUCAGCAGAACGGAGACUGCCAUCCAAAUGAGAAGGAGACUAUUGAGAUGGACUUGGAUUAAAGGGCUCUGUCCCCAAAUCUCCUGUUCCAGGGACUUGCUGGAAUCUGUUCCUGGUUCUUCGUCCUUAACACGUGUAACCUCCUGAAACUUUUUUUUUUUUUUUCCCCCCCUAUUUCCGUACUCCAUGACCAAGCACUGUCUAAGGGACUAUUUAUAAAAGAUGUUGAAUUUUUAUUGUUAUGUAUUAGUUUUCUUUCACUAUAUAUUCUACUGCACAUGACUAGAUUAAGAGAUGUCUUGUUAACUUGGAGGGAAAAAAGAAGAAAAAAAAAAAAAUUCCUGUGGAAUUGUGAACUUCAUAUUGGGCUUAUGAGCAGGUGAACUUUACAAAGCACUGAGUGAAGGCAGUGUUUGGUGGAGCAAGAUUGGAGGGAGCACAUUGUCGUUCUGUUUACUUUUCCUGCAUGCCAAGAACAGAUCGAGCCAGUCUUCUGGGAAUGGCCUUUUGAUUCAUUACAACAAACUCUUAAACUCCCAAUAUUUUUUUUAUUUUUUUUUUUAAGGUUUAAAGCAAAAUGCAGGAUUUUCUUUAAAGCACUGCAGAGAUUUAAAGGGGUACUUAGGUGGAAAACAUAGAUAUAUUCUAAUUUUUUUUUUUUCAACUGGUGGCAGAAAGUAAAACAAAUUUUGUAAAUUACUUCUAUUAAAAAAUCUUAAUCUUCCAGUAUUUAUAAGCUGCUGAAUACUACAGAGUAAAUUAUUUUCUUUUUGGAACACAGAGCUCUCUGCUGACAUCAUGACCACAGUGCUCUCUGCUGAAAUCUUUGUCCAUUUUAGGAACUGUCCAGAGCAGC